CCGUUCUCGAAGUGUUUCGAAAAAGAUGGUCGUGACAUUUGUUUCAAAAGCGGGUCAUAUUGCAACAAUUCCUCUUAAUGAGCAAAGAACUGUUACUGCGGAUUGGUAUACCACCAUUUGUUUGCCAAAAGUCAUCACCGAGCCUCGAAAAAUCGACCCCGAAAGAAGAAUCAUCCUCCACCAAGACAAUGCAAGCUCGCACACAGCCCAAAAACACAAGGCAGUAUUUAACGGAAGAAAACGUGGAAUUAUUGGACCAUCCUCCAUAUAGUCCCGAUCUAAAUCCUAACGAUUUCUUUACUUUUCCGAAAAUUAAAAACAGACUGCGUGGUCAAAGGUUCCAGUCACCAGAAGAAGCAGUUGACGCAUUCAAAAAUGCCGUUUUGGAUCUGCCAGCAAACGAGUGGAAUAAGUGCUUCGAAAAUUGGUUCGAGCGCAUGCAGGUGUAUUAAUCUUCGUGGAGAAUACUUCGAAUAACAAUAAAGUCAUUUAAAACUA